AUGGAGAUGAUCGAGUUCACUCCUGCGUUUAGGCUCUGUUGCACAGCUGCUCCUUGUGCUGGAGUACCAGCACAUGCUCGUGGUGCGCGGCUGCCGUACAUAAAUAAUGGAGCUGGGAGGUGCACUGUCAUGGCGUCGUCUGCGAUCGACCAUGCAAGGGCCAUGGGAUUUGCACGCUUAGAAGAAAGGGCCAUCAAGCGCAGGUAUCGUGUGCAUGACGACGAUGUGGCGGAGUCCUCGUUGGAGGAAUCCUCGUAUCCACCCAGCCCUCUGCUCCACAGACCCUACAUCCCCGACGAACUAGCUGAUAGGCCGGACAUACAUGCCGCCUUCAAGCACGCCAAGGCCGAAUACCAAGCAGAUUUAGCUUGUCGGUUUGUCUUCACAUUGGAUCGCUCCUCUUCUCUUUCGUGCCUGUCUCACGAGCAACACCUUCUCCAUAUCCGUGAGCCUGCAAAGGAUGCGGUGCUUUUUGCCGCCAACUCUAUCAUCACCCUCUCCUCCUAUCUUGAUGAUGAGCCGCUGAAUAGGUGUUGUGGUUUGUGGAUCCAACAGGACGAAAAGAACAAUGCCGCCGUGGUUUUGACGUCCGUGCAUCUCAUUCGCGCAAAGGAUCCCGACCAGUGGAUGGAUGAGUGGACGGGCGAAUAUCAUCGCGACGCUGAGGUCAUUGUUCACUUGCUUGACGACACAACUGCAGUAGCCAGUCUCCUCUACCUCCAGGAGCACUAUGAAUUUGCUUUUUACGAGGUUGUAGUGAACAAACCGGUUCAACUGUCCACUUUUAAUGACAAUGUGCACUCUGGUCAAGAUGUGUUCCGACUUGGAAGGGAUGAAAGUCUUGAUCUAAGGAUAACCCAUGGUAGGGUGGAAUACAUGAUUCCUGUCCCUUACGAGAGAUGUCACUACAUGUAUUUUUCCAACAAUGAACAUAUCUUGCGUGACGAUGGAGGCCCUAUCAUUGACUUGGAAGGGAAGGUUGUGGGAAUGGUUAACAAUCAAAUCAAUGAGACCUUUUUACCUUCUUCUAUAUUGCACAAGUGCUUUGAUUCAUGGAGAAAGUUAAAGUGCAUCCCUCGACCCCACCUUGGAAUGACCUUUACUUCCAUCAAGCUUCUAGAUCCAAUUGGUAUUGAGAGGAUGAGGCGUAAGCAUAACAUUGAGUCUGGUCUUAUUGUUGAAGAGGUGUCAAAAGAAUCGAAUGCUGAGAAACUUGGAAUCAGGAAGGGUGAUAUUAUUGAACGCUUCAAUGGAGAAUAUAUUUCUAGUACAAUUGAGGUAGGUGCUUUAAAAUUAAAAGAGGUUGUGUAUGUGUCGUGCCUGCGUAUGUCUAACUUAUUGAUGUAAUUUUUUAUGCUAUUGAAUGUUCUAACUUGUCAGCUAGAGAAGAUGUUGUUGGACAUAGGCAACGACCAUUUUGAACAAGCAAAACGCUUAUGCCGAAAUAGAUGUUCAAGUAAGUUGUUAUUAUGUUUUUACUAUUGAUUGUAUAAUUUAUGCCAACAAUGUCACUUUGAAAUUAUAUUGUUGACUUUACAGAUUCAAAUAUUUCGUGCCACGAAACUUUGCCGAAGAUCUAGAAACUUGAUUGUAAUUAUAUCGGAUUGUGGAGAGGACAUCAUAGAAGGUAAACAUCUCUUCUUUUAACAUAGUGGUUGAUUUUUGCUGUAAAUCCUAAGUUAUCACAUUUCUCUCUUGUGUAAAAUCCAAUAUGCUUUAACUCAAAUUCGAAGGUUGUAGAGGAAAUUUUGGGCCCGAUGUGGAAUCUUAAAUUACGCCUAUAUAGAGGAAAAUGUAAUUAUAGAAAACAUAUCAUAAUAUAGUACUAGCUAAAUACAUUUUUCUCAAAAAAAGAGAGCAAAAUACCAUGCCUUGCUAUCGUACUAUGCAACACCA